AUGUAUGUGAGGGAGAUAUUCGCUCGGCGGUGGGAACAAGGGGACUUUAACAAUCUAGUCCGCGAGAUGGAACUCGGUGACCACACCUACUUUUUCAAGUAUCUGCGCCUUACCCCACCAUUGCUAGAAGAGCUGCUCCAGCUUGUAGGCCCAUCGCUUCAGCACCAUCACACCAACAGGACACCCAUAGACCCAAAGCAACGUCUUGUUCUUACUUUGAGGUAUCUCGCCUCUGGGGAUUCACAGCAAUCAAUCGCGUUUGCCUAUCGUAUGGGACUGUCAACCGUCUGCAUUAUUGUGUGGGAGACCUGCAAUGCCAUUUGGACAGUUCUGGGGGGUAGGUUUGUCGCAGCUCCAUCUACUGAUAAAUGGAAGGAAAUUGCUUCGGACUUUUUCCGCUUUUGGAAUUUCCCGAACUGUGUUGGGAGCAUUGACCGAAAACAUGUGGUCAUGCAGGCCCCCGUCAAUGCAGGGUCAGCAUUCUACAACUACGAAGGAACACACAGCAUAGUACUUAUGGCUGUUUGUGAUGCGAAAUACAAAUUCACGCUAUUUGACGUAGGAGCACCCGGACGCAACAGUGACCGAGGUGUAUUGGCAAAUUCAGCAUUCGGCAAAGUUCUUGAACAUGGCGAAAUGAAUUUCCCCCUUCAGGCUUACAUACCAGGGACAAAUCGAGAAGUCCCGCACAUGCUUGUUGGAGAUGAAGCGUUUCCUUUGCGCACCGAUCUGAUGCGCCCAUUCCCCGGACGAAACCUACCCCAGGAUCAACUCAUCUUCAAUUAUCGACUUUCCCGGGCUCGAAGAAUAAUUGAAAAUGCGUUUGGAAUACUGGCUGCCCGAUGGCGAAUCUUCCGAAAGCCUAUCAUUUCUAAACCGGAGCAUGUUGUUGGUAUAGUGAAAGCUACACUUUGUCUCCACAACUUUCUACAAGAGACCGAUCGGGCAAAACAACCUGCAGCGCAGUACUGUCCACCAGGCUUUGUUGACCAGCAGGAUGAACAACACAACAUAACAGAGGGAGUGUGGAGGAAAGAAGUAGGCGAGGGCUCUGCUCUUUACCCCAUUGGUCGCGUUGGUGCUAAUAAUUACGAUAUAAAUGCUGCAGAGGUUAGGAACAAUCUCAAAGACUACUUCACCAGUGAAGAAGGAGCCCUGCCCUGGCAACUUAACCACGUACAGAGGGGUUCACAGCCUGAUUGA